CUAUGACUCUCGGCCCUAAACCGUACUACUGGCCUAAUUCGGACACGGUCUCGUAUGGAGGCAGCCCGCCGAUUGCGACUAGGACGGGGUGGAUGGCGGUGGCUCUGCUGCCUUUUGUUUUAGUCCUCGGUACCAAAGCCAACCUCAUCUCAGCAUUGACCGGCGUCCCACACGAAAAGCUGCAGGUCUUCCACCACUGGACCAGCUACGCCAUGUUCGUCCUGGCCUUGAUCCACACCUUUCCCUUCAUCGUCUACAAUAUCCAACAAGGCGAGAUGGUGUCCGAGUGGAACUCGAGUGUGGUAUACUGGACAGGUGUUGCAGCGCUCAUCCCCCAGGCAUACUUGACCUUCAUGUCGUUGCCUUGGAUUCGAAAUCGCUACUACGAAUUCUUCAAAGCAACCCACUUCCUUAUUGCCCUACUCUUCAUCUUAUUCUUCUUCUUCCACUGUGACUUCAGACUAACCUCCUGGGACUACUUUAUCGCCGGUGGCUCCCUCUACGUGUUCUCCCUCCUCACCUCCCUUAUCCGCACACACCUAAUCAACGGCCGCCACACCGCAACCCUGAGCCUCCUCCCCUGCGGCCUCCUCCAAAUCAAAAUCCCCACCAUCAUAAACUGGACACCAGGGCAACAUGUCUUCAUCCGCUUCUCAUCUCCUAGAACCGGAAUCGCUCUGCACAGCCUCACCUCCCACCCGUUUACAAUCUGCUCGACGUCCCAUGACGUCCAAGCCGCAAACAAGGCUAACGAGAUGAUCUUCUACGUUAAGCCCAAGCGCGGGAUAACGGGGCGAUUAGCGAAUAUUGCCUCCAAGUCGCCGGGCUCUGGUCAUGGUGUAUUGGUUGAAGGUCCGUAUGGAGGCAUCGAACCGAGUAACAUCGCUAGGUCUGAAUCGGCAGUUAUCAUCUCAGGUGGUUCCGGCGGUGGAUUCUCGCUGGCCGUUUUCGAGGCUGCAUUGCAGAUGAAUAAAACGAACUGCUGUGAUCCAAACCAGAACAUCGAUGCUGCUGAGAAGCGAAAGACAAUUAGGGUUGUGUUCGCGACACAGUCGGAGGAUGUCGCGCGGUGGUACCGCGAGCAAAUUGAGUCGUUGCUGGCGCUUCACGGCGUGGGCACUGAAGGUAUCGACGUCUCUAUCCAUGUUACUGGCUCGUCAUAUUCCAGCCCGAAUACCAACCACCACCUCGACAUUGAGAGAAAGGAACAACAACCCGCAGUGAAGGAAGCAAGGACAGAAGAAUCAAUCGACCCGCUCUCCUCGUCGUCCGAGGCGCUUUCGGAGACGCACAACGCUGACGAGAACGCAAACACCAGCGCUAGUGUAUUCGCCAAAGGACGGCCGGAUCUUCCUCGGCUUGUUGCCAGUUCUGCAGAGUCUGGUGCCGGGAAACGUGUUGCGGUAUUCGUCUGCGGCCCUGCAUCUAUGCUAAAUGAUGUGAGGAAUGCGGCUGCGCGUGAGCAAGAGAGGAUUUUACGGGGUGGUUCUGGGGGAGAGCUUUAUUUGCAUUCGGAGAGUUUUUCAUGGUGAGAUCGGGUUGUAGGAUCAAUCAUUUUGUAUAUUGAAGCGGAGAGGCAUUGGGACUGAGAGUUGGUGUUAUAUGAUACAGAUUUCA